AUGACCCCCUCACACCAGACCCUCUACCUGGCGCCAAUAGUCCACGCGCCCACGCGUGCGCAUCUAGAAAUCUACGAUGCCCUCAUAUGCAUCCGCAGUGGUCGGGUAGCAUGGAUCGAACGCCUUCCCUCUCUCUCCCAACAGGCAGCAGAUACAGCCGCCGCGCGGCGUGGGACAGAUCUGGAUAAUCUCGUGGUGGUGCACGAAGGAUUCCUCUGUCCCGGAAUGGUUGAUACACAUACGCACGCGCCGCAGUAUCCGAACAAUGGGCUGGGGCAUUCAUUGCAGCUCCUCGAGUGGCUUGAUGCGCUCACCUUUCCGCUAGAGAGGAAGUUUAGUGAUGACGAUUACGCCCGUCAAGUUUACGGAGAGGUCGUGCGGCGUACUCUGGCAGCUGGAACAACAACCGCUUGCUACUACAGCACACUCCACGUCCCCGCCUCGCUCACGCUGGCCGAAGUCGCGCUCGAAGCCGGCCAGCGCGCCCUCGUCGGCAGGUGCAGUAUGGACCGCAACAGUCCUCCUGACUACGUGGAGGAGAGCUGCGUCGCCAGCAUGACCUCUACACACGAAUUUUUGGAUGCCUUCCCCCACUUUUUCGCGAACACGCCCUCCAUCCUCUCCAACGGCUCUGCCUACGCCAACCAGCCCCUCGUGCGGCCAAUCCUGACUCCACGCUUUGCGCUCUCCUGUUCCCCGCCACUCCUAUCUGCCCUGGGCAAGCUUGCGAAAGAGAACGACCUCCCAAUCCAAACCCACAUCUCGGAGAACCACGCCGAGAUCGAGGCUGUGCGCAAGGCCUUCCCCGAUCUCCCGAGCUACGCAGGCGUAUAUGACCACUUUGGGUUGUUGACGCCGCGCACGAUCCUCGCACACGGCGUACAUCUCACCCCGGACGAAGUAUCCCUCAUCGCCGAACGGGGAGCAGGCGUAUCACAUUGCCCGACGAGUAAUGUCAACCUCAACUCUGGGGCGGCCCGGGUACUGGGCCUACUUGAUGCCGGGGUACGGGUUGGGCUGGGUAGCGACUGUUCGGGCGGGCCGGCGACCGGGGUUCUCGCUGCCAUCCGUUCUGCGGAUGCAAUGUCCCGCAUUCUCGCCUUUGAGGGACUGACUGCCCGAGGACUGUCGAUAGCCGAACUGUGGUUCCUCGCCACGCGGGGAGGUGCCGACAUUGCUGGCGUUGACGCGGGGUCGUUCGAGCCGGGGCGGGAGUUUGACGCGCUCUGGAUCAGGCCGAGGAGUCCGGGGUUCUGGGGCGGCGGGGAUACACGCGCUCUCUUCGAGAAGUGGUUGUUUGCGGGGGAUGACCGGGACAUUGGGGCUGUGUGGGUGCGCGGGCGGUGUGUGAGUGGCUCGCCACCAUAG